CCUAACGGGGAAGAGGAGUCUAGACUGCACCGACAGUGCGGAGGUGUGUUCUCCCUUUUAGGAACGCUUGUUCUCCUGCUUCCUAGACCCCAGAGUCACGGACACCGCCCUCGGCCUCUCAGGACGCGGAAGCGGAGGGGGGCGGGAUCCGGCCUAGGAUUGGCUGUUGCAGGCCGACCCCCUUUCCCUGCGGUCCAUUCGCGCUCCCCCGCCGGCGCCUGCGCAGUGGGCCGGCCGUGGGGGACAGGGGGGCGGGAAGCUCCUGGGGGCGGCAGAGCCCAUGUCGGCCUUGAGGCGCUCGGGCUACGGCCCCAGUGACGGCCCGUCUUAUGGCCGCUACUACGGGCCUGGGAGUGGAGAUGUGCCGGUGCACCCGCCUCCGCCCAUCUACCCCCCGCGCCCCGAGCCUCCCCAGCCUCCCAUUUCCUGGCGGGGGCGCGGGGGCGGCCCGGCGGAGACCACCUGGCCGGGGGAAGGCGGAGGAGGUGAUGGCUACUACGCGUCUGGAGGCGCCUGGUCAGAGCCGGGUCGUGCUGGCGGAGGCCACCAGGAGCAGCCACCAUAUCCUAGUUACAAUACUAGCUAUUGGAAUUCUACUGCCCGACCUCGGGCUCCUUACCCAAGUACAUACCCUGUAAGACCGGAAAUGCAAAGCCAGAGUUUGAAUUCUUACACAAAUGGGGGAUAUGGCCCACCAUACCCCACUGGCCCGGGGACAAAUACUGCCUCAUACCCUGGGGCCUAUUACACACCUGGGUAUGCUCAGACCAAUUACUCCACAGAGGUUCCAAGCACUUAUCGUUCACCUGGCAACAGCCCAGCCCCAGUCUCCCGUUGGAUGUACCCCCAGCAGGACUGCCAGACUGAAGCACCCCCUCUUAGGGGGCAGGUUCCAGGAUAUCCUGCUUCACAGAACCCUGGAAUGAGCGUGCCCCAUUACCCUUAUGGUGAUGGUAAUCGUAGUGUUCCACAACCAGGACCGACUGUUCGACCCCAGGAGGACUCAUGGGCGCCUCCAGCUGCUUAUGGAAUGGGAGCCCGGUACCCCUGGCCUUCAGCUGCGCCCUCAGGGCCACCAGGGGGUCUCUACAUGAACGAGGGCACUUCCUCAUGGCCUAGCAGUGGCUCUCCUCAGCCACCUGCUUCACCGCCACCCCCACAGCCUAAGGACUCCUCCUACACCUACAGCCAACCAGAUCAAGGCAUGAGCCAGCACAACUUCCCUUGCAGUGUCCAUCAGUACGAGUCCUCGGGAUCAGUGAACGAUGACAGUUCAGAGCUUUUGGAUUCCCAGGUCCAGUAUAGUGCUGAGCCUCAUCUGUAUGGUAAUGCCACCCACGAACAUCCCAGCACUCAAGACCAGGGUAAUCAUCUUGCUGAAGAGUGUUUAUCUUCAGAUGAAGGGACUCCCCCAAGCAUUAAAAAAAUCAUACACGUGCUGGAGAAGGUCCAGUAUCUUGAGCAAGAAGUAGAAGAGUUCGUAGGAAAAAAGACAGACAAAGCCUACUGGCUUCUGGAAGAGAUGCUAACCAAGGAACUUCUGGAACUGGAUUCAGUUGAAACUGGGGGCCAGGACUCCGUCCGGCAGGCCAGGAAAGAGGCGGUUUGUAAAAUCCAGGCCAUACUGGAAAAAUUGGAAAAAAAGGGAUUAUGAAGGGAUUUAGAACAAAAGGGGAGCCUGUUACUAACUCGACCAAAGAACUGUUGAUUUUGGUUAAUUACCUUCUUUUUGAAAUGCCUGUUGACGACAAGAAGCAAUACAUUCCAACUUUCCUUUAAUAGAAAACUUGAAAAACUGGUAAAGGACUUGGAAGAACAGUUGGGUUAUGAGUUGUUUUCAGACCAGUGAAUGUAAUAGGGAGCUCUCGGGAUAUCGGUAUUGCCAAGUAGACUCGCCCGGUAAGAAAUAUAUGGGUGUCGUGGGCAAGCUGCUUCUUAUCAGCAGGAGGGGAAUUCACCUUAUGUAACAGGCUCCUCAGAAACCUACAGGAUAAGACUGGAUGUUCUUUGGACAGGCUCUGUUUUUUUAAACAUCUGGAUUACUUGUCACAUUUUUGUACAUUGUAACUGCUUUCACCAUACACUCUGUGUGUAAAUUACAGCUUGGACUUUAGCCUCCUUGGACCUCUGUUUUGUUUUGUUAUUUGCAGUUCACAAAUAUAGUAUGAUUCUCUAUUUCUUGGUAUAUUUUGUAGUAAUAUGUUUAAUAUAAUUACUCAAGAGACUGUACUGACAGCCAGAUAGUAUGGCAGUUCUGGAUAAAUUUGUACCCUUUCACCACUUGAAUAUAUUGCACUGUGCAGUGAGUUUCUGAGGUAGAUUGUCUCCUUUUUUUGUAUAGAUUAUCAGGUUAGAGUUUUACCACUUCUAUUUUUCUUGUUACUGUCAGAAGGUUAAUUUGGAAAUGGCAUGCCCAUAGGAAUGAAAAUGUAGGCAUAUUCUUUUUUGCUUUCUUCAUUGUAUUUGAAUGAAGCUUCACUUUAAAAUUUCCUCUUUUCCCCCCUUCAUUGUCUUUUUACUAUAGCCGCUUCCAUACGGAGCAAUGUGAUGAUGAAAAAUGCCAUGGCAAGUAGGAAUAGUCACUGCAAAAGUAAUAAGCACAACCAUUUGGGAAUGCUGUUCUCCAUCUAAAAUAGUAGCUUCACUGUCAGGGUCCCUAUGAGCAGACUUCAGCUCAUCUUAUCUGCAGCUUCACCAUCAGGGUCCCUGUGAGCAGACUGCAGCUCAGCUUAUCUGCUCAGUGUACAGUAAGAUAUGCAGAGGGUAAAAGGGGAUUCAUGCUCUGGGGCUGAAUCAGCCACAGCGGGAAAUUAUGUUCUUUUAAAGGCAGAUGUGAUGGUUAGCUUUGUUUCCCUAGAAUAAAUUGUGUAGACAGUAUUGCCUGUUUUAUAAAAAAGAUGUUUACCACCACUAAUAACAGUCACUUCAGAGCCAGAGUUAAGGAAGGGAUACUGAAAGGGUCUUAGCUGGAUUUGCUUGGGUGGUGGUUGUUUAGUCACUCAGUCGUGUCCGACUCCUUUGCAAAUCCAUGCACUGUAGCCUGCCAGGCUCCUCUGUCCAUGGGAUUCUCCAGGCAAGAAUACUGGAGUGGGUUGCCGUUUUCUUCUCCAGGGGAUCUUCUCGUCUCUGGGAUCAAACCCAUAUCUCCUGCAUUGGCAGGAGGAUUCUUUACUCCUGAGCCACCAGGAAAGCCCUUUGCUUGGGUAGCUCUAAGCUGUCAUGUAGAAGAGACUUAGGUACUUACUUUUUACAUCUGAAGUGAGUUCCAGUAUAUAGUGUGUUAUUGGAAAAACUGCCGUUUCUUAGUAAGAUAUCCAAGUGAUAAUGUGUUUUUUUCCCCCUUUUUGACUGCCAGGCCUAUUAAUAAGAAAACAAAUCUUUCAGCCAUUUUCUCUCCUUAUUUAAAAAAAGCAAAAACCAAUAUAAACAUAUGAUGAGAAGAAUUAGAGUAAAAAUAGUGACUGGGUCUUAGGUUGGUAUGAGUGAUUUUAUGAGAUAAUAUGGUGCCAAUUUUAUUCAAGGAUUUUUAUUUUUGGCCUAAUAUAGGAAUGUUAAAGGCUUUUUUAUGAAAAUUUAAAAGUUGAAACAAAUAUUAGAAGGGGGAGAACCUUAAAGCUCAUAAACCAGUGAGACAGUGACUGAUACAGGCAAGAACACUAUUUUUUAACUGAGUGCUCACAAUACCAGUUUCCCUGAAGUCUUGAUUUAUUUAUAUACACAUACAUAUGUGUAUAUGUUUUUUAACAGUUAUUUAAAAAAAUUUUUUAGAUAAUUUUAGACCUCCUGAAGAGUUGUAAAAACAGCAGUUUCUGCAUACUCUUCACUAAUGAUCCCUUUAUAUUAACAUCUUACAUAACUGUAAAACAUUCGUCAUUAAGAAAUUAGCCAUGAUACAAUACUAUUAACUAAAGUAGAGAGUUUUGGAAAGUAGAGAUUUUCUUAGUCUUUUCACUAAUGCCCUUUCUCUGUUUCAGGAUCCAAUCCAGGAUCCUGCCUCGAAUUUAGUUGUCAUGUCGUCAUAGUGUCCUCUGAUCUGUGACUCUAUCCUUGACCCCUGAUGCGGUAAUGUAUUUCUGGUGUUAUUAAUCUUAGCCACUACCUAAGGUGGUGUCUAGGAUUCGCUACUGUAAACGUACUGUGUUUUUCCUUGUAGUGACUGAAUGUUUGCUGGAGAUAACGUGAGCUAUGCAAAUGUCCCAUUUCUGCUUAAACUUCAGCCCACUCAUUUUUUAAUCCAUUGGCAGAUCUUGCUUGUGUCGAUUACUACUGUGGGGUUCCAGUGUGACUUUGUUUCUUGAAGUCCUUCUACAUUUAUUAAUUGGAUUCCUUCUUAAGGGAGGGCUAUUGCUUCUGGAUUUAUAGUUUUAAUUAUAAUAAGACAUUCAGGAUAAGUACAGACUUAGAACUUAAAGAUGUAAACCAUUUAAAAAUGAUUCUAAAUGCCAGUGUCAAGGAAAGGAAAACUAAAUUAGCAACCUCUUCCAGAAAAUACAGUGAACUUAAGGAAAAUUAGUGUUCAUUUUUUUGUGUGUGUGGAUUUGAUUCAGUUCUUGACUUAGUAUUCACUCCAGACUGAAUUAAAAAUGUUUUUGAUAUUUCAAAUCUGGACUUUUUAAAAAAGUGUCUAAGUUUAAUAUUACUUUGGGGAUAAUUUUUGUGAAAAUCUUGAAUUUACCCAGAUCUGGCAUGUUAAACACAACUAUCUCUUUUUUAUAAUAACCACUAUUGUUCCAAAUACAAACGUCAGUAUAAACAUUUACACAAGUAAGUCCUGACGAAGUAUCAGUGGCGUGGGCUAGUCUCUGCGUUCUUGGUGGGGAAUUCUUCCAAAUACUUUGAAAAAUAGGGCUUUUAAAGCUGAUUUUUAGCUAGUUAAUGUAAUACCAUUAGAGGUAGGAAGAUUUUUAAGUUGAAGAAUAUAGAUUAAAUUGGCAUUAAAGUUUUCUGGGGGACGGAUAUUUGAUGACUGGAGCUUUUCAUCUUUUUUUCUUUUUAAAAAAGUUAUGUGUUUAAAGACUCAAAUAAUUCUAUAGAAGCUAGCAAUUUGAAGUUUAUGAAAAGGAGCUCUCUUCUGUCACACUCUCACUUUUCCUUCUACAAAAGUAACCACUUUAAAUUGAGUUCUUAAAAAAAAUUCUCUCCAUGUUUUUUUAACUUUUUAAAAAAAUUUGAAAAUAAAUUAAAAAAAAAAAAAUUUGGCUGCACUGUGUAGCUUGUGGGAUGUUAGUUCCCAGACCAGGGAACGGUGACUCUGUGGCCUCCAGCGGUGGAAAGCGUGGUCCUACCACUGGACCACCAGGGAAGUCCCAGUAUUUUUAAUAACACAGUUGUAUUUCUCCCUCUUGAUUUGUCAAUUUUAGGCUGUUUCUACUUAUUUUCUAUUGUAGAAGAUGAUGGUCAGGUCUCUCUGCCUCCACCAUAUACACAAUCGCAGCCCUCCUCCCACCAGUUUCUCCAUCCACUUAAAUGGUAGUUCUGUUGUUCAUUAUUAUACUAUGUAAUGCUGACCAGAGCUUAUUCAUGUAGUAAACUGGUUACUUUUCCUGAACAACUCCUGGAAUUGCAAAUGAAUGAAUAUCCCUGGAAUGAAUCCUUCGCCUUACUUGGUUUGCUGAUGUACUUAUGACUGAUUUGACCUCAAACCCUCCAUCACUUGUCUAAAUCUUCUCUUAAGAUGCUCAGACAUAUUUGGUCAGUUUCAGGCUCCUGAAGAAGCUGUGCUGGGGGCCCUCUGAUGGGAGAACGGUUAUGUUCCUGGUGCAUACUUACAUUCUGGUGUCUUCUGUUCAUCCUGGGGAUUCUCUCCACCUUUUCUGUUGGAUUCUUUUUUUCCUACAGUCUGUGUGUUUCUCUUUCUUGAUGUGUUCCCUCAUUUUGGUCGAGUCUGUUCUCCAGUAGCUUUCUGAAAAAGGUGCAUAGAAAGUAAUUUUUUUUAAUAUCUUGCAUAUUUGAAAAUGUGUUUUCAUGAUCCUUUGUUUAAAACUUGGUUUUUCUUUUUGGAAGCUUGUAGGCUAUUUUUGUCCCCUCUGUUCUGAAAUUUCCUAACAGUAUAACAUUGGUGUGGGUCUGUUUUUGUCCGUCUUCCUGGGCAUACUUCAUUCUGGAGACACCUGCCCUUAAGUCCUAUAACAUUUUCUCGGGUUUUUUGUUUCUCUUACCCGUCUGCUACCCUCAUUUCUGUUACCUCUUUUUAAAAUUCUUGCUGUUUCUGUUAUGAAUCUCUUAGCCUGAUUCUUUGAUUGACUUGUCUGUUCACUUUAAUUUUCUGCCUUUUUGCUGUCUUUGUGGGAGAUUUACUCACCUUUAUCUUCCAACUCACCACUGAAUUUUACAUUUCCAUCUACCAUAUUUUUAGUUUCUAGGAAUUUUUUGUUCUCUAUGUGAUUCUGCUGUUGUUUGUGGGUGUAGCACCUUGUAUCUCUGAGAACAUUAAUGAUAAUUUCUUGAUAUUUGUUUCAUCCUGAAUAGUGAAUUACCUACAAAUUGCUUUUCCCUUUCUAUUUAGAUUGCCACCUUUUUCAUGUUAAAGUUUUUUUUCAGAUGUCUUUUAUUUCUUGGUUGUAUUUUUAUACUGGAGACCAUUGUUGUUCUACUGGAGACUCAAAAAUGCUUUUAGAAAAUGCUUCGUGACUAUUCUGUUUAAUUAUUUUUUCAUACUCUUUCUUGGAAAGAAUAUCUGUUUUAAAUGGAAAUUGAGAAGGGAGGACUGUUUGGAUAAUUUUUACUCCUCUGUGAAGAGAGGAGGGUUUUACACUCUAUGUGGCUCUUCUCAUUAAGAGUGGAGGGCAGUUAGCUUACAGUACAAAAUGUGAGACACCAGCUACUGAGAAGGGAGGAUUUAGGGGUUUCUGAGAUCAGAGCACAUUUGCUCUAGGCAACUUUAAAAUGUUCUUUUAUUUUGCAAUAUACACCUUAUCCUGGUAGAAUGCCAAGGGUAGUGUUGCCAGAUAAAAUAUAGGACUGUCAGUUACAUUUGAAUUUCAGAUAAACAACACCUCAUCUUUUAGUAUCAGUGUGUUCCACAUAUUGCAUGGGACAUAAUGAUACUAAAAGUAAUUUUUUUUCUGAAAUCCAAAAUAACUAGGGAUACAGUCUCAUCCCUCAGUAUGGGUGGGGGAUUGGUUCCAGUACAAAAACCAUGGAUGCUCAAGUCUCUUAUAUAAAAAUGGUGUAGUAUUUGCAUAAAACCUAUGUUUAUCCUCCCAUAUACUUCAAAUCACCUUUAGAUUAGCUAUAAUACUUAGUACAGUGUAAAUGCUAUGUAAAUAGUUGUAAAUACAAUGUAAAUGCUGUGUAAAUAGUUGCUGGAUGUGUGGCAAAUUCAAGUGUUUGCUUUUUGGAACUUGACUGAAUUUUUUUUCUUUCUUUCCAAAUAUUGUCUACUCAUGGUUGGCUGAAUCUGUGAAUGUGGAACCCAUGGAUAGGAGUGCCAACUGUAUUGUAUUCUUUGUUUCUUUAUUUUUUGGCUGUGCUGAGCAGCUUGUGGGAAUCUUAGUCCCCACCCAGGGAUUGAAGCUCAGCCCUCAGCAAUGCAAGUGUGGAGUCCUGACCACUGGACUUCCAGGGGAUGGCCCUGUAUUGUAUCUUUUUAAUUAAAGUUUUUAUUUUGAGAUAAUUUGUUAAUUCACAGACGGUUUUCUGAAGUAAUGCAGAGCUUUCCUGUGCCCCUUACCCAGUUUCUUCCAGUGGUAACAUCUCACAAAACUUCACUGCCACGUCACCACCAGGAUGUGGACAUUGAUAUGGAACAAGAUGCAGAACAGUCCCGUCGCCACCGCCGUUCCUCCUGUUGACCUUUCACAGCCACACCUGCUUCUCCUUUCCCUCCACACUAUAUCCGUGGCAAUCACAAACUUGUUCUCCAUUUCUGAAUUUUGUCAUUUUGAGAAUGUUAUAGAAAUAGAAUUGUAUCAUAUGUGAUCAUUAGAAAUUGUUUUUUUUGCCCACUCAGCAGAAUUCUCUUGACAUUCAUCUAAGUUGUUUCCUGUAUCUGUAGUUCUUUUUUAUUGCUGAUUAGCAGUCUGUGAUAUGGUGUACCUUUGUUCAACCAUUCACCUGUGGAAGGACAUCUGGGUGGUUUCCGUUUGGGGCUGUUAUGAAUAAAGCUGCUAUGUACAUUCAUGCA